UUCUGUUCGCUCUGUUACAUUUAAGUCAAAGUGAGUUUCUUAACAAAUUGAGCGGCACAUUUAAGUUUGAACGAACAGUUUGAAGACAGCCAUGUCUGAGCACAUACGUUUACUCAGAGCAUCCUGUUCUGAUCUUAAGUAGUUAAAAGGGGUAGUAAGAAAAUAGAGAAGUGUAACACUUUCUUGUUUUAUAUUUAAUGAUAGAGAAUUAUUUCAAUAGGAUUCAGGUUCGUUAACUACCGAGAAACAUCAGUCAGGUGGGAGUUAAAGACAGGUGGGUGCUCCCUCAUUCUUCCAGUUAAUUCUGAAGAUUUAAAGGGACAGUGUCACAGUUUCUUUCAUGGAACUUUCCAGGAGAGUAUUUCCUCGGCAGUCCAGAUCUCACAUAGUUUCAUUGCUUCUCUUUUCUUCCCCAGGUCAGCCUCCACUUUCACUGUCCUCCCUGUUUUUCCAAGAGCGGCAGAAAAUGAGUAAAUCUGUGGGGCCAGUGUCAUUCAGGGACGUGGCCGUGGACUUCACCCAGGAGGAGUGGCAGCAGCUGGAGCCCGAGCAGAAGACCACGUACCGGGAUGUGAUGCUGGAGAACUACAGCCAUCUCGUCUCCGUGGGCUGUCACAUUAUCAAACCGGAAGUUAUCAUCAAGUUGGAGCAAGGAGAAGAGCCAUGGAUAGUAGAAGGAGCAUUCCUUCCGCAGAGUUACCCAGAAGAAGUCUGGAAAGCCAAUGAUCUGGGAGAAAGAGUCCAGGAAAAUGAAGGCAAAUAUUCAAGGCAAGCUGUAUCCAUCAACAACAAAACCCUGAUUGAAGAGAGAGGCCACAUCUGACUCAGUGGCAGAUCCUCCUCUCUACACAUGCAGCCCCACCUCCUCACCUGCACCAGCUCAGAACUCGAAGCCCCCAUCACUUUUCAUCUGAACCACUGCAAGCAUGUCUGCUCCACUGAGAGCUGAAACCGUCCACACCCACACAGCCCACUAUCUACGUUAACCUGACUAGUAUUCUGUCUUCAUAACAAGACUUUACUACUCCAGGAAACUCGCCCGGGAAGGAAGGUUGCAAGUAAUUUUACUGUUCAGAAUCUUUCCCCAAAACCUUUUAAACAAACUGUUCAA